AUGAAAAGUAAUAACAACAAUACUUUACCAAACUAUAAACUUGAUACUACUAAUAUUCCUUCUGAAGGGUUUCGUUCUUCACCUUCAACUCCUGUAUCUACUUCAAUACCCCUUAAAAAGAAAUCAAAUAAUUCUAAAACUUCAAAUUCAAAACAAUCACAGGAUUAUCCUUUAGGUAACAUUCCAACACCUCCGGCCUUAAAAAGGUUUUGUUUUGAUUUAAAUGGUCAACCUGCUUACAUUCGUGAACAUGAAGACGCUGAACAACAAGUGUUAAAGCUUCAAGAGGCUUUGCAUAAUAUGCGAGCAUCUGGUCCAACAACUACUACAUCUGAGACUGCUACUUAUCAUUCUUUUGAUGACGACAAUCUUACUGGUGCAAAACAUUCAGAAAGUGGUGCUCAUACACCUGUUUAUGGGACUUUAUCUCCUCCACAUAAAAAAGACACACUUGAGAGCCCGUUGUGGGGACACUGCCCAAAUUUGGCACAUAGUGAUCUAGCUGGCAUGGCCGGUUUCAUAAAGUUGGCCACACAUGAAGGCUUUUCCUGA